CUCUGUAGUUUGAGUUCAGGCUGAAGUCAGUCAGAGCUGCUCAUGGAUUGAUCGUACUGAGUCUCUCGGACCUGCAGCCGCUGAAAAUAACACAUAAAUAAAUGUCUGCGAGGUGCGAAUGAACCGUAAACGUCUGAAAUAACAAGGAACUCAUCCGUGUGUGAGGGACAUGAGAGAAGAGUCCAGCUGCUCUCACCACAACAGCCUCAUGGGAGAAGCAGAAUGUCAUCGUUUAUCUACCGGUUCGUCUGUGAGCAGUCACGAUCCACGACCCGCAGACUGCUGCUCCCUGUCCAGCACUGAGCCUUCAGAGGACGGGCGGCCGGUCAGUGCAGUGUCCACUGUCUCGUCUGGAUCGUCCGUCGAGGGCAACAGCAGCCCGCCGACUGCGCCGUCGCCAUCCGCGGGAGCUGGUAUUGACCUGGAGCUCAGUCCUCCGGAGGGUCCUUUAGGUCCCGGGUUUGAGUGGCCGGGUUCAGAUCCCUCGAUCACUGCAGCAGAUCCUCCAUCGCCGGUUGCCUCCGUCAGCAUGGCGCCAAACCCUCAGCUCACGUACGUGGAUCGUGUCGUGAUGGAGAUCAUAGAGACGGAGCGGAUGUACGUCAGGGAUCUGCGCAGCAUUGUAGAGGAUUAUCUUGUACACAUCAUAGACACCAGGAACCUUCCCAUCAAACCAGAGCAAGUGUGUUCGCUGUUUGGGAAUAUUGAACACAUUUACGAGUUCAACAGUGAGUUAUUACAGUCUUUAGACAUGUGUGCCAAUGAUCCUGUGGCCAUUGCCCGCUGCUUUGUGGACAAGAGCAACUAUUUCGAGAUCUACACGCAGUACUGUACAAACUACCCUAAUUCAGUGGCGGUGUUGACAGACUGUCUGCGGAAUAAGACUCUGGCCAAGUUCUUCAGGGAUCGGCAGGCGUCGCUCAAGCGCUCUCUUCCUUUGGGUUCUUACCUGCUCAAACCGGUUCAGAGGAUCCUGAAAUAUCACCUGCUGCUUCAGGAAAUUGCCAAACACUUUGACCGUGAGGAGGAAGGGUAUGAUGUGGUGAUCGAGGCCAUAGACACCAUGACGGGAGUCGCCUGGUACAUCAACGACAUGAAGAGAAAACAUGAGCACGCAGUGAGACUUCAGGAGAUCCAGUCUCUGCUCAUCAACUGGAAGGGUCCGGAUCUGACCACUUACGGCGAGCUGGUUCUGGAAGGAACGUUUCCCGUCCACCGUGCCAAGAAUGAGAGAACCCUCUUCCUGUUUGAUAAGAUGCUCCUCAUCACAAAGAAACGAGGGGAACAUUACGUCUACAAGACUCACAUCUCGUGUUCCACACUAAUGCUGAUAGAAAGUGCCAAAGAUUCGCUCCGGUUCAGUGUGAUGCAUUACAAAUACCCGAAGCAGCCGCACACAGUUCAGGCCAGAACGGUGGAAGAGAAGAAACUCUGGGCUCAUCACAUAAAGAGACUCAUUCUGGAGAACCAUCACGCGGUCAUACCGCAGAAAGCCAAAGACGCCAUCCUGGACAUGGACUCAACGUGUCCAGUAAAGUACCGUUACAGCCCAGACAGGUUGAAGAAAGCGACGUCCUGUCAGAUUGACGAUUUCUCUACAGGUUCACUGAAGGAACGGAGACGUUCUGAACCGGCAAAACGAACUGUACGAAGCACUAAAGGCACGCUUAAGCAUGCAGAGAGCGAAGGUACUCUAUUAGUGGAUAAAGACCAUCUUUCCAUACUGCCCACUACCAACAUCACGGCAUUGAGCUCAAAUCCAGAACUGAAGGCUUCAGUACCUGAACUUGUUCAGAACGGACAAGAUCAUGAAUCUAGCACAGGCUCACUAGAUGACGUCAAGGAGAGGAGACUUCUUCUCGAAGAGGAGGAAGAGAAAGCAAAGACGGCAGAGGACAGGAUAGGAGGAGAUAUUGGAGAAGUGGCAGUUGAGCAGGUAGCUGACUUUGCCAGUUCAGUGUUGGCCGCCAUCUCCUGCUGGCAGUAUAGGGCCAAGGCUUUGCUUUUUGAUCAGAUCACAACGGACAGAGAUGGUUGUUGGGAGAACUGGCCAAUGAACAAGAGCAGCCAGACAUCUUGUGAAGAACAGCCUUGUGAAACGAAUAAAACUUUGACUCUCCUUGGACAGAGCACAACUGGGGAACGCAAUUCACAGAACACAGUUCCUCUUAGAGAGUCAGAGGAGGCAAGGAUGGACCUGUCGGAUAAUUAUCCUGAAUUGUGUGAGACAAUAAUGGAAGAUCCAGAGAUAGUAGACCUCAAUUAUGGAGGACGAGAAAUUGGAGAUAAUAUAAAUGACAGAUUUGUGGAUUUCUCAUCCCCUACUCGAAUAGAAGUGCAGGAAAAGGAAGGGACAACUCCAUCCCAAAGUAACCUCUUGGAAGAUGUGCAGAAUAUGGAGGUCGAUGUUGCAGUGCCUGGUGGUUUCUUGUCUUCAUCCAUGCUGGACAAGGCAAGGGAUAUCCCAGAGCGGUGUACCAGCAGCCUUUCUCGAAGCAAUAGUCUAGGAGUAAAAGGGUCGUUUGACUUCGACUCUUUGGGAGGUAGAAGAAACCGUUUGCUGAGCGGCAGUGCUGAGCCUCAUGAGAAAGACAAAUCCCAAGAAUUUAGUCAGUCCACUCCAGAACCAUUAACAGAGACUGUUCCUGAUAGCCCGUUCAUACCUCAAAUGAAACAAGACACCCUUUCCAAAAAGGACAGAUUGCUCAUACAUAAGAUUAAACACUACUACGAACAUGCUGAGCAUCAGGAUGCCAGCUUUGCCGUUAAACGCCGAGAGAGCCUUUCGCACAUCCCUGCAGGCCUAGUCCGUAAUCUGAGUCAACAGCUCAAUGACCUUGCAGAUGAAGAUUUGGCAUUACACAGGAGGGGGUCUUCUGUAACCAGGCCAACUUUAUGGUCUGUCUUUAAUCUACCAGGCUUAGACGAUGGCAAGAAAGCAAAGGACAGCUCUGACUUUGUGGUUUCUGCAAACGGCAAAGAGUCCAUGCUCGGACCUCAAAAUGGGAAUGAGCAAUUCCAGCCAGGAUCUGACAUGGUUAAGGUGUGGCAAGACAUGGAAUUGGAGAUAAUUGGGUCUUCUGAAGAGCAUCAGGACUUGGAGAAUUCCCAAAUGACUUCACCUGUACAAGAGACAAAAGCAGAAACCAGUAAGAUGAGCUCUGAUAGUGGACUUGGGGAACCUCUACUAAUAUUGGAAGAAUCUGAUGAAAGCUCAACCUCAUCCACAAUCAACAACAUCUUAGAAAAGGACAAGAUGCAAGAGUUUCGGAGCCAUCCAAACAAGGAUCACAAGCUCCAAGAGUGCCACAAGGUCAACCACCCUCCCCUACCAAGGAUCAUCUCUUUAAGGUCCGCCAGUGAGGAUGACCUCAUCCUUCAAGAUAUGGAGAAGAUGAAGAACAAAGUGUUCCAGUUGGCCAGGCAAUACAGUCAACGUAUCAAAAACAGCAGACCAGUAGUAAGGCCAAGGCCCAAGAUCUCAGAGAACCAUUUCACACCCAAGAACCUGUCUUCGGUCAUGGAGGAGAGACCUCUGGGAAAGGAGAAAGGCAUGCCUGACAGGACACUGUUGCUGACCUUGAAUGAGCAGGACAUUAUCCCGGACUCUAAGACUACUAGUCCAUCUUCCAGCCUCAGUUCUCCUGGAAGUCCUCAAUUGCCAUACAUUUGCAGAUUAUAUGCCCAGAGACCACAAAGUCCAGUACAAACAGAAAGCUUCCACUGGCCAGAUGUCAAGGAGUUGCGCUCCAAAUAUACCAAUCAUAGCCGAGAGGACGUAUCCGCUUCCUCUCGUCCAUUCCCAGUGAGUCGCAGUUAUUCUUUUCCAGAGAGAGUUCGGGACAACGGAGAGACGUCUGAGAAGUCCGGAGCAUCACGUUCCUUGUCUUGUUCAUCCCCUUCCUGCAAUGCCCCAGUGCAGAGAAGUACAUCCACAGAUUCUGCAUGUUCCAGCAAGACCCUUGAAGCUGAAGAUUUGCCUUCACUGUGUAAAGUUAACACUUUAGGUUUUGACUUGGGGACACCACAUGCUCUUGAGCAACCGGACAGCUGUUGUGACACUGGUCAAGAUACCCUAACUGUAGUCGAAAGGGCAGCAGGAGGUGAGGACAGUAAUGAGAAUCAACUAAGAUGGGAUGCUGUUUCACAAUCUGAACUUGCAAUGGUGAACAGUACAGAGCAAGACUUCAGUGCAUGGAUGGAUGGAGGUCACCCACCAUGCUCAUUUGAAAAAGCGGAGAACAGUCAACAUAGUUUGGUUAAAAACCUGCGUGAGAAAUUUCAGAACCUGAGUUCUUAUACAGCAUGAAUCUUAACCUCCAGUUGUGAACUGUCGGCAAAUGUUGUCCAAACCAUCUGGAAAAGGGAUGCCUGAGGACCUCAGAGAAUAUAUUUAUAAAAUUUGCAUUUGUAAAUACAUGUAUAUUUGAACUUUUCUGCAUUAUUUUGUGCAUAUUUCAAUGAGAUGUAAACAUUUGUUAAAGGAGCUGGCUGUGGUACUGUCAAUUUUUUGUAAUGUUAAGAAAAGUGGUUAAAUACAUGAUUAUUCUUUCGGUCAUUUUGCAAUAAAAAGCAAUAUGCUCAGUGCAUACUAAGUUACAAAUGCACCCAUGCUUGGUAAACACAAAUUUGUUAUCAGAAAAGUAAAUGCACUGCAAUAUUCAAUGCAAUCUGUUAGUUAUUUUGAUCAGCACUGCCUGAUGUCUCUUCACUGUUUGUGUUCGAGCACUGACCAGAGGAAAGAGGGUAAUCUCAUAAAGGCAUCAUUCCCCACUAAUGAGGAGAAAACUGGAAAUUAUAAUCAGAUUAAGCCAGAUGGAUGAUAAACAAUGAUAAAGACUGAUGUCAUUCUCAAAAAUAAUGGAGAAGUCAUUUGAGCAACAUAUUAAUGCACAGUCACAGAAAGUGUCUCCUCACUGUAUUUGGGUAAAUAGUCUUGUUUAAUGGGAGUUAUUAUAAUCUAACUGGUUUUGGUUGUAUUUUUCUGCUCAUUGGUGGGGUUGAUGUCACUGUUCUCUUGUGUAUUUAAUCCUUUUUAUUUAUUUGAAUUGGUCUAAAUAUUAUGCACAAUGCCUUUGUCAGCUUAGUACUGACAAUUUGUAAAAAUGUUCAGUUUAUAUUCCAUUUUUCUGUCAUACAUUAAAAGAAGCUUUCCACACUGUAA